AGUAUUGGUGCAAGAUGAUGAUGUUAUUGUUGGGGUUGAACUCCCAAAAUUAUAUACGUGGGAUUUUAAAACAGGACAAUAUAAGAUGAUCCUUAAUAAAAAUGGUAAAAUUACAAAUAAUUAUAAAGGUGGGAUUUAUGUACGUUAUGGAAAUACAUAUGAGAGUGUGCAUAAACCAAAAGAAGCAUCUGUGAAAAUACCAAAAAGAAGAAGAGCAAAAAAUCGUUUAAAAAAAAUAGGCAAUAAUUAA